AUGCCUAGAAUUCAUCCACAUCUUCCAUAUGAAGUAAUACAGUCUGAGGUGCUACCAAGACUUCCAGCCAAGUCGAUAGGUCGUUUCCGAUGCGUUUGUAAAGCAUGGAAUUCCUUCUUAUCGACGCCUGACUUUGCGCGGAUGCACCUUCGCUACCAAACCAACUACAAACUUCUUCUUCUUGACUUGCUCUCCCCAACUUUUCGAACACUUGAUCAUGAACCCAUGAACCAUGAUUCAAUCACCACUACCCGUCCUAUACCGUUCAAAAAACACGAUGUGUCGAUUAUAGCAAGCUUAGACGGAUUAGUAUGUGUUUGCUUGGAGAAAACUCGAGAGUUAGCCUUUUGGAAUCCACUAACCGGCGCCUACAAGAAGAUUCGUACUAGCUUCUUUAACGAUAUCAGUUGUGGCGCUUUGGCUUUCUACAACGACUCUUCUAACGACUACAAACUUCUACAUGUAGUAUCCGAGGGUGCUUUUAUCUAUUCCCGGAGAUUAGAUUCAUGGAGGAAGAUUAAUACAUCUUUCGAAAGCUACGAUAUAUCGAACUUCGUGUGGUCGAUGACUACUUUUGUCGGUGACAAAGUUUAUUUCAAGCUGCAUAGUAAGAGUACUAGAGGUUUAUGGUGCCUUAUGUGUUUUGAUGUGGAGUGUGAAAAGUUUAAGGAAAUACAAUUUCCACCCAUUCCUUGUGGUGCGCAUUUGCGUGUGAAUUUAGCGGCGCUCGAUGGCUGCAUUCACUUGUGUGUGGCAUGUGGAGAGACCUUUAAGGAUUUGGAGUGUGAUAUGUGGAGGAUGGAUGGUGACGGGUGGGUAAAAGUGGCGGAAAUCGCUAUCCCACAUUGGAAACCGUUCAGGGAGAUAUACACUAAGAAGAAUGGGAAUUGGCUUGCGAUUUGUAAGGACGGAAACUGUGUUAAGAAUAUAGGAUUUGAAGACUUUGCUACGGAUUUCUAUGCUUAUUUUGUUGGGCAUUCGACGCAUUUGUAUCAUCAAGAAGUAUACAUCGAGACUCUCGUCUCUCCAAAUCCUUGAUUCAAGCAAAGAUCCAAGUUACUCAUGGUUGAUCUAACCUAAGGUGACCGUAGUUUAGUUUAUUGUUGCAUUUUGUCGUUAGAGGUUCACGAAUUUCAAGUAACCGGAUGAACUUGUGUAAAACGAUUUAUAUGAUCAGAAAAUAAAUGUAUGAACUCUAUAUUCGUAUCGUAGUAAUAUUAAGUACUUUUUAACUAUUAUGAUCAUAUGAAAGCAGAUGAGUAACAACGAGAAUGAAGAAAGGUGUAUGAGUAACAACGAGAAUGAAGAAAGGUGUAUGAAAGAAAGAUAGAGCGUUUAGUUAAAUUAUAAAUGUAUAUAAUUAUCGUUUAAAGAGCAAAUACAAAUGGGUUUUAAAGGAU